ACACAAAGGGCGCAGAUUAGUCUACAAGUUCCUCAACUACCAUAACUCUGCAUUUAGCUUCCCUCUACCACAGAAACACUCUCAUCUCACUCUCCCCCAGCUUCUGAGGAACCGGAGCAGCUUCUGAACCAUGGAGAACGUGGCAAUAUUUGACUCACCUGGAAAGGGGAGAGGUCUGAAGACGACCAAGGAGUUCUGGGCCGGAGAUGUCAUCUUCUCUGAGCCCAGUAUCUCAGCUGUUGUGUUUGACAGUCUAGCAGAGCGUAUCUGCCACAGCUGUUUCCGCACACAGGACAAGCUGCAGAGGUGCGGACAGUGCAAGUUUGCUCAUUAUUGUGACCGAACCUGCCAGCGUGCCGGCUGGGCCGAACACAAGCUUGAAUGUUCUUCCAUCAAAGCUUUUGGAAAAGUACCAAACGAAAACAUCCGUUUGGUGGCCCGCAUCUUGUGGCGCCUGGAUAAGGACGGGGAUGUGGUGUCUGACAUGCAGCUGACCACAAUAGAUGAACUGGAGGACCACAUUGCUGACAUGCAGGAGGAUGAGUUGAAGGAUUUCAAAGUGGAUAUCCACAACUUCCUGGACUACUGGCCCCGCACAAGCAAGCAGCACACAAUCGACAACAUCUCACAUCUUUUUGGAGUGGUGAACUGUAACGGUUUCACUGUGAGCGACCAGAGAGGGCUUCAAGCAGUCGGUGUCGGUCUUUUCCCAAAUUUGUGUCUCGUGAAUCAUGACUGCUGGCCGAACUGCACUGUGAUCCUCAACCACGGCAAUCAAUCGGCUGUGAAUACUAUGUUUCAUUCUCAACGGAGGAUCGAGCUGCGUUCUCUCGGCAAAAUCUCAGAGGGAGAGGAGCUGACAGUCUCAUACGUGGACUACUUGAAUUUGUCAGAGGACAGGCGAAGGCUGCUGAAAACCCAAUAUUUCUUUGACUGCACGUGUGAGCACUGCAAGAACCGAACCAAAGAUGACCUGAAGAUGGGAGGGAGAGAAGUGGAUGGAGUCAAGCCCUCAGAGGAACAGGUGAAGGAGGCGACUGACUACUGCUUUGAAAUGAUGGAAAAAGUGGAAAAGUCUCGGUUAAAUGGUAACUACCAUGAGGUAGUAAAAUAUUGCAAGGAAUGCGUGGACAAAACAGAGUCUGUUUUGGCUGACACUCACAUCUACCUGCUGAGGAUUUGGAGCACCUUAAGUGAAGUGCAAGCGUACCUUCAGUACUUUACUGACGCGGCGGAUUAUUCCCGUAAAAUGGUGGACGGAUACAUAAAAUUGUACCACCCAAACAACGCUGCCCUGGGCAUGGCUGCAAUGCGAGCAGGAGUGACUCACUGGCAGGGCGGGGAGAUCGAGGUCGGCCACGCGAUGAUCUGCAAGGCCUACGCCAUUCUUAUGGUCACCCACGGCCCAACGCAUCCCAUCACCAAGGACCUGGAGUCUAUGCGUAUGCAGACUGAGAUGGAACUAAAGAUGUUCAAAGAGAACGAGUAUGUUUACCACAGUAUGAGAGAGGCCGCUCUGAAGAACAAACCGAUGGCCAUGAUGCACGAACCCAAGUCUGUGGAGGAAGGAAUUAAGAACAUGUUCCACCGGAAGAAAUAAUCACAGGACUGCAGUCAAGGAAACGUCGAGCAAACCCUUCUAUUGUUUACGGCUUAUAGAUUUCUGAGUGUUGUGUGGAUCUACACGGUUAAUUACAUCAUAAUUUUCUGUAACAGUUACUUUUGUAGUUUCACUUUUCAUUAAAAAC